CAUCUGGACAUUGGAUAUAUACAGAAUAGAGUGAUGAAGGCCAGGAAUGUAUUCACAUGUCUCUUAUUAGUAAGCCUGUAUUACCAUCACACUACAUCUCAGCCUCAGUGUCACGUGGUUCAUGGACGUGACUGUUCACAUAUAUGGGACAAGAAUAAUGCUUCCACCAGUGGAAUAUACCGGAUACAUCCCAUAGCAACUAACUUCUCUUUCGAAGUAUUCUGCGAAAUGUCUACAAAUGGAGGCUGGACACUUAUACAAAGACAUGAUGGAUCGGACGCAUUAGACUUUGACAGAACGUUCAAAGAAUAUCAAAAUGGAUUUGGUAAACUACAAGGUGAACUCUGGCUUGGACUCAAAUACUUUUAUGCCCUGACACAACAAACAGACAGACCUGCCAAACUGCACAUCAGUAUCGGGAGCUUCGAUGGUAAAGAAGCAUAUGCCGAAUACAACCCCUUCAGUGUAGGCAAUGAAGACAGUUCCUAUAAAUUAUCGGCAGGAAAAUACUCCGGUACCGCAGGAGAUGCCUUCUCUGGGGAUCCAGCAGUUAAAGGCUCCAACCAACAUGGCAGCAACUUCAGCACUUGGGAUCAUCCCACCGACAACUGUGAUGGGUCAUGUCUAGUAGGGGACAUGAGGUUCCUCAGCUGCAGUGAAAUAGUCAGUUCAGGUUGGUGGUUUAACGCCUGCGGAUUAGCAAAUCUGAACGGAAUUUGGCGCAAACCACCAAGAUAUAAAAAUUAUGCCUCAUCAGUGUCGUGGCCAACCUGGAAAGUGAGAGAGUCCUUGAAAUUCAGCAGAAUGUACCUGAUUCAUCACUAGCAGAUUCUACUGCAUUGAGAAAUAUGUCAUUUACAGUCAAAUGUUGGCCCCCCGAAAUUUUUCAUGAAAAUUAAGUAUUUAUCAUGAAAAGGAUUGCAGGGAUACAUGAUUUGCUAUACACACGUUUAUUCCCUUUGUGUGUAUUGGAACUAAACCAAAAAAUGGAGGAAAAAAAGCAAAUUGGACAUAAUGUCACCAAACUCCAAAAAUGGGCUGGACAAAAUUAUUGGCACCCUUAACUUAAUAUUUGGUUGCACACCCUUUGGAAACAAUAACUGAAAUCAGUGGCUUUCUAUAACCAUCAAUAAGCUUCUUACACCUCUCAGCCGGGAUGUUGGACUCUUCCUUUACAAACUGCUCCAGGUCUCUUAUUGGAAGGCGCCUUUUCCCAACAGUAAUUAUAAGAUCUCUCCACAGGUGAUCAAUGGGAUUUAGAUCUGGACUCAUUGCUGCCACUUCAGAACUCUCCAGCGCUUUGUUGCCAUCCAUUUCUGGGGGCUUUUUGAUGUAUGUUUGGGGUCAUUGUCCUGCUGGAAGACCCAAGAUCUCGGACACAAACCCAUCUUUCUGACACUGGGCUGUACAGUGCGACCCAAAAUCCAUUGGUAAUCCUCAAAUUUCAUGAUGUCUUGUAUACAUUCAAGGCCCCCAGUGCCAGAGGCAGCAAAACAACCCAAAACAUCACUGACCUCCCCCAUAUGUCACUGUAGGUCCUGUGUUCUUUUCUUUGUAGGCCUCAUUCCGUUUUCGGUGAACAGUAGAAUGAUGGGCUUUACCAAAAAGCUCUGUCUUGGUCUCAUCUGUGCACAAGACAUUUUCCCAGAAGGAUUUUGGCUUACUCAAGUUCAUUUUGUCAAAAUGUAGUCUUGCUUGUUUAUGUCUCUGUGUCAGCAGUGGGGUCCUCCUGGGUCUCCUCCAUAGUGGGGUCCUCCUGGGUCUCCUCCAUAGUGGGGUCCUCCUGGGUCUCCUGCCAUAGCGUUCCAUUUAAUUUAAAUGUCGACGGAUAGUUUGCGCUGACACUGAUGCUCCCUGAGCCUGCAAGACAGCUUGAAUAUCUUUGGAACUUGUUUGGGGCUGCUUAUCCACCAUCCGGACUAUUCUGCAUUGACAUCUUUCAUCAAUUUUUCUCUAUCGUCCACGCCCAGGGAGAUUAGCUACAGUGCCAUGGGUUGCAAACUUCUUGAUAAUGUUGCGCACUGUGGAUAAAGGCAAAUCUAGAUCUCUGGAGAUGGACUUGUAACCUUGAGAUUGUUGAUAUUUUUCCACAAUUUUGGUUCUCAAGUCCUCAGACAGUUCUCUUCUGCUUUCUGUUGUCCAUGCUUAGUGUGGGACACAGAUACACAAUGCAAAGACUAAAUUAACUUCUCUCCUUUUUAUCUGCUUUCAGGUAAGAUUUUUAUAUUUCCCACACCUGCGACUUGCCCCAGGUGAGUUUAAAGGGGUUAUCCAGGAAAAAACUUUUUUUUAUAUA